GGCACAGGCUGAUAGCAGGGCAAUCACCACCAAGCCUGAAAUCACUGCAAAGGCUCUGCUGAAGGCUUUUUGAGGUGCCAAGGAAAUAAGGAUGGAGGAAGGAAUGAAUGCUCUCCAUGACUUUGGGAUCCAGUCAACACGCUAUCUCCAAGUGAAUUACGAAGCCUCCCAGGACUGGUUCAUCUUGGUGUCCGUGAUCGCAGAUCUCAGGAAUGCCUUCUACGUCCUCUUUCCCAUCUGGUUUCAUCUUCGAGAAGCUGUGGGCAUCAAACUCCUCUGGGUAGCUGUGAUUGGAGAUUGGCUCAACCUUGUCUUUAAAUGGAUUCUCUUUGGACAGCGCCCAUACUGGUGGGUCCUAGACACCGACUACUACAGCAACACUUCCGUGCCCCUGAUAAAGCAGUUCCCUGUCACCUGUGAGACUGGACCAGGGAGUCCCUCAGGCCACGCCAUGGGUACAGCGGGUGUAUACUACGUGAUGGUCACAUCUACCCUCUCUAUAUUUCGGGAAAAGAAAAGGGUGACCUACAGAUUUCGGUGUUUGAACAUCCUUCUAUGGUUGGGAUUCUGGGCUGUGCAGCUGAAUGUCUGUCUGUCACGAAUCUACCUUGCAGCUCAUUUUCCCCACCAGGUUGUUGCCGGAGUCUUGUCAGGCAUUGCUGUUGCAGAAACUUUCCGCCACAUCCAGAGCAUCUACAAUGCCAGUCUCAAGAAAUAUGUUCUCAUCACCUUCUUCCUGUUCAGCUUUGCCAUUGGAUUUUACCUGCUGCUCAAGGGGCUGGGUGUAGACCUCCUGUGGACUCUGGAAAAAGCCAAGAGGUGGUGUGAGCGGCCAGAAUGGGUCCACAUUGACACCACGCCCUUUGCCAGCCUCCUCAAGAACCUGGGGACCCUCUUUGGCCUGGGGCUGGCUCUCAACUCCAACAUGUACAGGGAGAGCUGCAAGGGCAAACUCAGCAAGUGGCUGCCGUUCCGCCUCAGCUGCAUUGUGGCCUCCCUGGUCCUCCUGCACCUUUUUGACUCCUUAAAACCCCCGUCCCAAAUCGAGCUGAUUUUCUACGUCCUGUCAUUCUGCAAGAGUGCGGCAGUGCCCCUGGCAUCCGUCAGUGUCAUCCCCUACUGCCUCACCCGGGUCCUGGGCCAGUCGCACAAGAAGACUUUGUAAGGGAAUAUGGAAUCUUCGGUAUUUAAAGCCCAUUGACUGCGGUAGGGGUUGAAGGCGCCUAGGGUCUUCUGCCAGCCCAUCAGGAGGCGAGAGGUGCUAAUGUCAGCUCAGGGAACCCUCUCCAUCUUCUACAAUCCUAAUCAUAUUGGGUGAUAGUUUUGAAAAGCUAACGCAGCUUUUUGAGAAAGUCGUCACUGUUAUUAAUAGGGUCGUUCUGGAUUUUUCCCUGAAGAUUUACUUGUCCUUUUGCCAGAUAUAGAAAAGUAAGACUGGGCCAGCUCAUGAGCCCAGAGUGGAGAUCUCGACUGAGAAUUUUCUACUUGUGCUCAUCCUUACAGGAAAAGGAGAAAGGAGCAGCAGGUUUGAUAUGGCAGAGAGUUUAGUAUGUUGCGUCAUCAUCUAGACCAGGGGUCCUCAAACUACAGCCUGCAGGCCACAUGAGGCGGUGUGAUUGUAUUUGUUCCGGUUUUGUUUUUUUACUUCAAAAUAAGAUAUGUGCAGUGUGCAUAGGAAUUUGUUCAUAGUUUUUUUUUAAACUAUAAGACAGUGAACUGACCCCCUGUUUAAAAAGUUUGAGGACCCCUGAUCUAGACUAUGUGCCAAUCGACGUCUGAAUGGCUUUAAUUUUAUGAUAAGGCACUCUCAAUAAUGGGAACCAACUUAAAGUACAAUUAAUAAGUGGUUGAUGGGCUAAUUCUGCUUCUGUUUUUCUGCUAUACAUACAUGCUGCAGUGACCUACAGAUGUACAGUAAUAGGUCAGAAUAUUCAGGCAUAGUUGACUUCUCUGUCACAUGGCAUCUGCCUCCUUAUAAACCCAGCUUUGCUGUCCUCAGAAUUUUCCACUGGCUCCACACCCACUCUGCUGGAUCUUCAAAUGGCUAAAGGGCAAGUCUGUGGGGAUGCUUUUUGUGUGUUGCUGCAAAACUCCUAAAUCUUGGACAAAAUGGCAAAGCAAGGGCCAGAAUUCUUCUCUCCAGAAGGUCACUCCAAUGUUACUUUCAAUUCCUGGAGGGUAAAUAUAACUCCUUUGCCUACCCCAAGCCAACCAACAGCACAUUCUUAGAGGAAAAGCCAAUUCUUCCUUGCCUAUUCUCCAAUCUCAGCUGAUUUGCAGAUUAUGUCCUACAAAAAAAAAAAAAAAAAAAGCUAAAGCCUAUUUAUUUGAAAGUCCUUGUUUUUGCUACAAAUUAUAUACCAUACCAUUUGUUAUCACUCACACCAACUAUCCUGCUUAAAACAUCUUUGAAAAGAAAAAUAUAUAUGUGCAGUAUUUUAUUAAAACAACAUUUUAUUUAUGAA